AUGUUUUAUUAUUCGUAUUUUUCAUUGAUUGUUUUCGUUCUCAUAUUAUUCUUUCUUCAAACAUCAUCAGCAGCAACAGGACGUUUUGGACGUCGUCCAGGUGACGUGAUAUUAGGUGGUUUAUUUCCUGUACACGAAUAUGGAAGUCCACGAGAACCAUGUGGAGCUAUAAGUGAAUUUCGAGGUAUACAACGUUUAGAAGCAAUGCUUUUUGCUAUUGAACAAAUUAAUAAUGAUAAACAUCUAUUACCCGGUAUUAAAUUAGGUGCACUUAUUUUGGAUACAUGUUCUGAUGAUAAUUAUGCAUUAGAACAAUCACUUCGAUUUGUACGUAGUCGUUUAACAUCAGGUACAUGUACAUGUAUUAAUACAUCAAUAUCGGAAUCACUUCAAAAUGAUAAUGUAUUUGGUGUUGUUGGUGCAACAUUAAGUUCAGUUAGUGUACAAAUUGCUAAUUUAUUACGUUUAUUUCAAUUACCACAAAUAUCCUAUGCAUCAACAACACCUAAAUUAAGUGAAGCAUCAUUUGAUUAUUUCGCUCGUACUGUUCCGUCCGAUUCCAAUCAAGCACGUGCAAUUGUUGAUAUAUUACAACGUUUAAAUUUUACAUAUGUUAAUACAAUAUAUUCUCAUGGUGAUUAUGGUGAAGGUGGUUUUAGAGAAUUCAAACGUUUACUUAAAGUAUCAACACAAUUAGAUGAUGAAACAAAUUCAAAUAAAAAACAACAACAACAAAUAUGUAUAGCUGAUGAACAACGUUUAAAACGUGAUGCAUCAGUACAAGAUAUUAAAAGUGUAAUACAAACAAUGAUCGAUAGUGUUAAAUCUGAUGUUCAAGUAUCUGUUUAUGUUCUAUUUGUUACCAAAGAAGAUGCAAGAAAAAUAUUACAAGCUGUGAAAUUAAUUCGUAUAACACAUCGACCUGUUCUAAUUGCUAGUGAUGCAUGGGGUAAAGAAUCAUCAGUUGUAAUUCAAGGUGAUACUGAUGAAAUAGCUGUUGGAGCAUUGACGCUUGAACUUAUUUCAAUUCAACCAGUUAAUUUUGAUCGUUAUUUUAAUGCACUUAAACCUGACACAGAUAAAGAAUAUGAUGAAGAAUAUCUUGAGGAUCAAGUUAAUCCUAAUGAAAAAUAUAUGUUACCAAGAAAUCCAUGGUUUAAUGAAUUUUGGGAGCAUCGUUUUGGAUGUCGUUUAUAUUCAGGUGAUGAAUGUCGUGAACAUCAAUUAAAUGAAACAAAUUGGGAUAGUAAAUUACAAUUUAUUGUUGAUGCAACUUAUGUAUUUGCUCAAGCAUUACACAUGUAUUUUAAUUGUACAACAUCAACAUGUUAUAAUGUCUCAUUGAAUAGUAUUAAUGGUACAAAAUUAUUUAAAUUAAUUUUAGAAAAACCAUUUUCAAUGCCUGAUUUUCGACAAAUACAAUUUAAUUCUGAACGUUUCGUACCAGGUCAUUAUCGUAUCUAUAAUUAUCGUCGAUCAGAUUCAUCAUCAUCAUCAUCGUCCUUAGACACAAAUGCAUCACCCUAUGAAUAUGUAUCUGUUGGUGAAUGGAAAGUUGGUCGAAAUGAAACUGGACAACUUAAUUUAGCUAUUGAUUCAAUUGUAUGGCCAAGUACAAAUAUUUAUAAUCCUUCAUCAUCAAAAAUCAUACCUAUUUCACGUUGUUCAGAACCAUGUCGUGUAGGUGAAGUGAAACAAUUUCAAGGUGAUUCUUGCUGUUGGGUAUGUACACUAUGUAAUGAUACAUCGAUUGUAGUUGGUGCCGAAAAACAAGAACGUUGUGAACCAUGUUCUAUUGGUUAUUGGCCAACUGUGAAUCGAACAGCAUGUUAUAAACUUGAUGAAACUUAUAUAGAACUUUUUACUGUACAAGCAAUGGUACCAAUAAGUCUAUCAAUUAUUGGAAAUCUUUUAACUCUAUUUGUUGUUAUUGUUUUUUAUCAAAAACGAACAACACCUAUUGUUAAAGCAAGUGGAAAAGAACUUUGUUUUAUAAUGUUAGCAGGAAUUCAUUUAUGUUAUUCAAUGACAUUACCAAUAUUAUUGAAACCACAUAUAAUUACAUGUAUUAUUCAACGUGUAGGUAUUGGUUUAGGUUUUGCAAUGAUGUAUGCAGCAUUAUUAACGAAAACAAAUUGUAUUGCACGAAUUUUUGCAAGUACAAAAAAACAAGGUCGAUUACGUCCUCAAUAUAUAUCACCAAAUUCACAAUUAUUUAUAUGUACAUGUUUAAUAAUGGUACAAGUUCUUCUCUCGCUAUUAUGGCUUGCAUAUGAACAUCCAUAUGUUGAUUAUAUCAUUGAUGAUCGUUUAGUUAUACUUAAAUGUCAAAUGAAUAAACAUUCAUUUCUUUUUUCAUUAACAUACAAUGUUUUACUUGUACUUAUAUGUACAAUGUAUGCUAUACGUACACGAAAAGUUCCGGAAAAUUUUAAUGAAACAAAAUUUAUUGGUUUUACUUGUUAUACAACAUGUAUUCUUUGGUUAGCAUUUCUUCCAAUUUAUUUUACAGCUUAUGAAACUAGUCGUCAUCAAAUACAUAUAACGACAUUAUGUGUAACAAUAUCUUUAUGUGCUACAGUUGCAUUAGCUUGUCUAUUUACGCCUAAAGUCUAUAUAAUACUUGUUCAUCCAGAAAAAAAUAUGCGUUUAGCUAAACAAUUAAAAGCUCAAGUAAGUAGCUUUAAAUUUACGUCACACCUUCCAGUAUCAAAAAAUUUUAUAUCCAAUGAUCAAAUGACAAAUUAUGAUAUAUCAAGUAGUGAUGGUCAAUCAAAAUCUGUUGUUAGUAAUGAUGCUGAAGAACAAUAUCAUCUAUUAGUAUCAGCAUCGAAAACUGUUUCAUUUAAAACAUUACCAGAUAAUUCUAAAAUAAUAAAUGAUAAACCAAAACAAAAAAUUCCAACUAUAAUAACAACAAGUGAUGCUGAAGAUUGUUUAAAUAAUGAAAAACAAACAUUAAAUUUAAAAAAAUAUCCUUAUGAAGAUAAUGAUAGUCUCAAUUCAAAUUCAUUACAAGGUGAAGACAUUAUGAUUUAA